AUGGGCAGCAGCUUGUCCUCAGAGAGUGCUUUGGUGCUGUGCUCCAGUGGCCGUUGCUCCCACAGCUUCCCCUUGCGCCUCAGCGCGGACGCGGCGCGCGCCUGCAGUGCAGCGGCCAUGGGCGGAGCAUUGAGCUGCCAGGUGGAGGGCUAUACUACAAAGCUCACCAAGGAGGCGGGAGUGGCCUCCCUGCGUUUGCAGCUCCUCUCGCCACGCCCCCGCACGCUGCUGCUGCCCUCCUGUGCGGCGCUCGCACUACGAGCAGCGAAUCAAAUGGGCUUUCUGGCCGGGAUUGGGGCCUUGGUGGCUGCUGAAGAGGAGGGUGGCACCCUGUUGGAGGCAGUCGUCUUCGGGCGGCCCAACGAAGCCUUUCUGGAGCUGAUGCCGCUGGAGGAAAGCACACUACAGGAGCUCUAUCCCUUGGGCAGCACUGCUGACCUGCGGCUCCUGCGGUCCAUGCGCUUCGAGCACUACGGGGGCCACGCCGAGCGUUUACCCGACGGCUCCGCCGAUGGGUCCAGCGCCGGCGGAGACGAGGCCGCCAGCGAAGCGUUGCCGCAACGGUCGGUGAAGGCGGAGUGGCUGGUGGAACGGCUGCUCUCGUUGGCCUCCACCGUGGAGGUGCAAUUCUCGGCGCCCCACGUGGGUGGCGAGGCCUCCUACGAGGAGCAUCUGAAUGCCGAACAGGUGCAAACCUGGCUGGCCUCGGCGGGCUUGCGGGCUGAGCUGCGGUGA